AGGAGACAGGACCACAGAGGUUACACUCUGGGAUCCUGGCCAUGAGGUUGGAUGCCUCACCUUGCUGAAAAGAGACACUGGACCUAAAUGGCGCAGCAUGACUUUGUUCCUGCUUGGCUAAAUUUCUCAACACCACAGUCAUCUAAGUCACCUACAGCCACCUUUGAAAAACACGGAGAGCACCUACCACGAGGAGAUGGUAGGUUUGGAAUAAGCCGUCGAAGACAUAAUUCCUCUGACGGCUUUUUUAACAAUGGGCCUCUGAGAACUACAGGAGAUUCGUGGCACCAGCACUCCCUGUUUCGUCAUGAUUCUGUGGACUCUGGUGUUUCUAAGGGUGCAUAUGCUGGAAUCACAGGGACCCCAUCUGGUUGGCAUGGCUCCUCCCGAGGUCAUGAUGGCAUGAACCAGCGUAGUGCAAGUGGCACAGGGAACCAUCGCCAUUGGAAUGGCAGCUUCUACUCUCGGAAAGGUUGUGCCUUUCAGGAAAAGCCUCCCACAGAGAUUAAGGAAGAAAAGAAAGAAGAUAAAAUAGAUAAGUUGCAGUUUGAAGAGGAAGACUUUCCUUCUUUGAAUCCAGAAGCUGGCAAACAGAAUCAGCCAUGCAGACCUAUUGGGACCCCUUCUGGAGUAUGGGAAAAUCCACCUUGUGCCAAGCUACCGUCCAAGAUGCUAGUCAUCAAAAAAGUUUCCAAAGAGGAUUCUGCUGCUGCCUUCUCUGCUGCAUUCACCUCACCAGGAUCUCAUCAUACAAAUGGAAACAAAUCAUCAAGUAUGAUUCCAAGUGUAUAUAAGAACCUGGUUCCUAAGCCUGCACCACCUCCUUCCAAGUCCAAUGCAUGGAAAACUAACAGAAUGGAACACAAGUCGGGAUCCCUUUCUUCUAGUCGGGAGUCUGCAUUUACCAGUCCAAUCUCUGUUACCAAACCAGUAGUACUGGCUAGUGGCUCUAUCCUGAGCUCUCCCAAAGAGAGUCCCUCCAGCACCACACCUCCAAUUGAGAUAAGCUCCUCUCGUCUGAUCAAGUUGACCCGCCGAACUUCUGACAAGAAGAGUGAGUUCUUGAAGACUCUGAAGGAUGACCGGAAUGGAGACUUCUCAGAGAACAGAGACUGUGACAAGGUGGAGGAUAUGGAGGAUAACAGCACACCAGAACCAAAGGAAAAUGGAGAGGAAGAUUGUCAUAAGACUAGUCUAAUUCACCCUGUAAAUGAGGAAAGGGAGGUCCUCUCACACUCUCUGGAAGCAGAACAUCGGUUACUGAAAGCAAUGGGAUGGCAAGAAUAUCCUGAAAAUGAUGAGAAUUGCCUCCCUCUCACGGAGGAUGAACUCAAAGAGUUCCACAUGAAGACAGAGCAGCUGAGAAGAAAUGGCUUUGGUAAGAAUGGCUUCCUGCAGAGCCGCAGUUCCAGCCUCUUCUCCCCUUGGAGAAGUACUUGUAAAGCAGAGCUUGAAGACUCAGACGCAGAAACCAGUAGCAGUGAAACAUCAGAUGACGAUGCCUGGAAGUAGGGCAUACAAAUGUUGGUAGUUAAAUCUGAUCCAGGAAACUCAGCUUAAGUGUUUAGGGAAUGUACAAAAGAAAUUAUUCUUUGCCUUUGCCUUGUCCUAGGUUCUUGAUAUUUCAUGCACAAGGGAAGUAAUCAUAUCCCAAAGAGCAAUUGUCUUGUUAAGCUUUUGUUCUUUUCCCCUGUUUUCUGCUUAAUAGAAGUUUGUGGUGGGAAAGAUUUUUUAAAUGCACACACAUACAGUAUAGAUGGGGCAAUGCACAGGUGGGAGCUGGCUAUGCAGAAAAGAAACUUCUGCAGCAGCUUCUACUACCAGCCCUUGGGGCGCGCACCCCUGUGCUCAAGCAAUCAUUGUCGAUGACAAAGUGACUAUUGAAGUUAUAAUUGUAUUAAAUUAAUGCUAAUAAUUUGGAUAUUUUAUUUUAUUUCUGGCUGCUCGGGUAACAUUAGCCCUUACUAAGCAUAAGUGGUUUUCUUUCUUUAUUUUCCCUUUUUGGGUACAGCUGUAAAAUAUUUGGAUAUAAGAAAUGUUAUGUUAUUCUUGCAGCCUUGAUAUUCAGGGUGGUUUGUAAAAUAUAAAUUUUUGUGAAAUUUCAAAGAUUAAGAUUAUUUUGAUAACAUUAUUUACAGAUUUAAAAGAUAUGGUUAUCACAAGUCUGUUGAGGGGGGAAAACUGCAUAAAAUAACUAACUUGGAAUAAAUAUUUUGCAUCAGUUUGGAUUGUCUUGUGUAAGAAGUAUAUUUUCUUUAAAAAUUAAAUGAGUGGAUUCUUUUGAGAGAUAUAUGAAGGAAAAUCUGAAUUGAGACACAACUGUUUCUCCUUUUAGCAGAUACUUUUUUGAUGCAAGAAAACCUGUGCAAUAAAUUACUAGUAAUAAAAUCAAACCCAAGUUUCCUUCCUGAAA